AUGGUGUCGCCGCGAAGUCUCCAGGCGCUGCGUCGCUCGACUCGCGUUUUCUCACAGGCGCACACACCCUCGCAGGCCGUAGACCCCAAGGACAUCCUGAAACCGGAGCUUCCCAAGGAUGCCAAGCCGCAGCUGUCACUGGAGCAGGAGCUGCCGGGUCUGCCUCAACUCAAGCCUGCGAGCCAACUAAAGCCCCCGCAGACGGAAAUUUCGGUGCUUCCCUCAGAUCUGCGUGUUAUUUCGCAGGAGACGUACGGCCAGGCAGCCACGCUCGGCAUCUUCAUCGACGCCGGUAGCCGCUUCGAAGACGACGACAGCAUCGGUGUGAGCCACCUACUGGAGCAUCUUGGCUUCAAGAGCACCACGUCGCGCUCACAUGCGCAGCUGGUUCACGAAAUCGAGGACAUCGGCGCACUAACAACGUCCUCGUGCGGACGCGAGCAGAUCAUCUACACAAUCGACUUGCUCCGCGACAACGUGGAGAAAGGUUUGGAGCUGCUAGCCGACGCCAUUCUCAAUGUAGACCUGGUACCCGAGGAGAUGGAGGGCAUUAAGGCCAUCAUGCGCAUUCAGACGGAGGAUCUGAUGGAGAAUCCGCCCGCCAUGCUGCAGGAGUUUAUCCACGCUGCUGCAUACGGCACCGACUCUCCACUCGGACGACCACUGCAGUGUCCGCUGGAUAAGAUCGAUGCGCUGACUGUGGAAAAGGUCAAGAAGUUCCGUGAUGAGCACUUUGUCGCCCAGAAGAUGGUCCUUGCUGGCUCCGGUGUGGACCACGCUCGCCUAAUCGAGUGCGCAGAGAAGCUUUUUGCGAACGUGCCUGUGGCUCCGGCAGAUACGCGAAUGGCGACCCCCUCGAGGCCUGAGACGCUUGAGCCGGUGAUCUACACGGGAGGACUGUACCCCCUCCCGAACCCGGAAUCAGAGUUUUCUUACGCGGCGCUGGCGUUUCCUACGGGUGGCUGGCACGAUGAAGACCUAGUUCCUAUCUGUGUCCUUCACACACUUCUUGGUGGUGGUGACAGUUUUUCUGCCGGUGGUCCUGGCAAGGGUAUGUACUCGCGGCUGUACACGAGCGUUCUGAACCGUUUCUACUGGGUUGAGUCUGCUUUCGCGUUUUCGUCCAUCCACGCGGAUGUGGGUCUGCUUGGCAUCUACGGUGCGUGCAUUCCGUCGCACACUAGCAACCUCGUGGCGCUGUUGUGCAACCAGAUGCUCAGCGUCGCCAACCGACCUGUCGAUGCGAUUGAACUUGCUCGUGCGAAGAACCAGCUCAAGUCGUCCGUGCUUAUGAACCUCGAGUCUCGUAUGAUCCUGUAUGAAGACAUUGGUCGUCAGCUACUAACCUAUGGUGAGCGUGAGACGCCCGAAUCGGUGUGUGCCAAGAUCGACCAGGUUACGGCUGCGGAUAUCCAGCGAGUCGUGAAGGAGGCGAUGCAGAACCCUCCUAGCCUUGUCUAUUCAGGCGACAUCCCUCAAUUCCCGCAGUACCAACAGGUUGUUGCUGGUAUCAAGGAAGGACUAAGCGAGUAA